CCAUUUUUGCCUCAAAAACGUUCCCAGGUGCCUUGCGCCGGAGGCUGGAGCACGGAAGCAUCUUUGAAACGUCUGGCGUGAAGAAAUCAGGCAGCUGAUGAAAGUGGCUGCCUCUAUGGUGUCUACCAUGCUUUGCAACAUGGUAUUUCUGCUGGCAUUUGGAUUGGCUUCAGCUUUUAGCCACAGCCCCAGGACACCUGACAGGGUUACUGAAGCAGAUAUUCAGAGGCUCCUCCAUGGGGUUAUGGAGCAAUUGGGCAUUGCCAGACCCCGGGUAGAAUAUCCAGCACACCAGGCUACGAAUCUUGUCGGUCCACAGAGCAUUGAAGGUGGUGCUCAUGAGGGUCUCCAGCACUUGGGUCCUUAUGGCAAUAUCCCAAAUAUCGUGGCUGAGCUGACAGGAGACAAUGUACCAAAGGAUUUCAGUGAAGAUCAAGGAUAUCCUGACCCUCCAAAUCCCUGCCCUAUUGGAAAAACAGUUGAUGAUGGGUGUCUAGAAAGCACCCCAGACACAGCAGAGUUCAGCAGGGAAUACCAACUGCACCAACACCUUUUUGAUCCAGAGCAUGACUAUCCCAACAGGGGCAAGUGGAGCAAGAAUUUACUCUUUGAGAAAAUCAACGGUGGUCCAAAAAGAAGAAAGAGGAGUGUGAACCCCUAUCUGCAAGGACAGCGACUGGAUAAUGUUGUAGCAAAGAAGUCUGUUCCACAAUUUUCAGAUGAAGACAAAAGUCCUAAAUAAGUAAAAUAAAAAUGAAAGAUAAAAACUCAUGCCAUCCUCCUCUAGAUCAUUAUAUUGCUUAUACAUAAUCAUCUAUUAAAAUCCUUGUGAAUGGCAGCAUGCUUAUUAUUUAUAUAAUUGUAGAUUAAAAACAGCUGUAUUUAUAACAGCAUGUUCUCCUAGAUGAUAAAAGUAUGGUUCUGUUUUUUGUUAAGUUAUGGUAAAAGGAUAUUUCUGUUGUUUUUAUUUUAGUCAUGGAGCAAACUUUAAAAAUGUUAGUCAUUUUUGAUAGCUAAUGUGAGGUAAAUGGUCUUAAUGAGAAACUUGUAAAUAGGAAGAUGAAAAAAAAUGCCAAGUCUGACUCCAACAUUUAAUCUUAAAUGUUACUAUGUUUGACACAUGAAAAUUAUAGUUUUAUGUUUUGUUCACAAAUAUUGUUACUUAGCAAAGACAAAGUAUUUAUUUUACGCAGGGAAUUUUGGCUUUUGGUCCAUUUUAAUAAACAUUUAAGCAAUCUACAAGGUUUGCAAAGUGACAUUUUCCAAAAUAUUUCAGAGGCUCGUUUGUCUCUGUUAUUGCUGUGCAAAUUUAAGAAUUAAAGAACUGCUUUUUGACUGUAUUCACUGAACUAUUUUUCUGUUAGUUUUAAUCAUUCCAUGCCCACAGCUUUGCUGAACACUUGAACAUCUUCCUUCCUUCCUUAUCAAUGGAACUGUUAUGUGAAAAUUAAUCUCCCCUGCUGUUCUUUGUCUUAGUAACUGCAGCAUUUGUGCAUUACACUGUUGUUAAAUUGUAAGUAAAGAUGGAGACAUUUGUCUGUGUUAAUAAGGUUGUGUCAACAACCUCUGAAUCUAAAUCCAGGAUAUGAAGGUCAUUACAGUUGAUCUUCUGAAAAAAUAUGCUACUCUAAUACCACUUGUAGCCAUCAUUGCUCUUGAAUUUGUUCUGGGAAGCUUAAAUUGCCUUCUUGCCCCUAGGAGAUUGAAGAACUUUAUAUUCCAGAGUUCUCCCUUUCUGAAAGAUGAGAACACACCUGACUAUUUCAAGCCAUGUGAAUGGAGCACUGGAAUUAGGGAAAAUAGCAUUAGUUUACAGCUGAUAUUACAAAUAAUAUGAGGGAAAUGGUGAGGAAAAAAAAAGUAGUUUCCUUUCCCAUCCUAUAGAAAGAUAACAGGGAAAUAAUGAUGACCUCUUAGAAAAAAGAAAAAAAAUCAAACAAGAAAUUAAGGUUCCUAGCUAUAUAAAAUUAAAGUUAACAAGAUGGCUCAGGUAUUACUGUUGUUGGCAUUUGCUUUUUUUGUCCCACCCCUUAGUUAUUUGUAAUAAAUUAUAUAUUUAGAGAACUGGGCCUUUCGAGCCAAAUAUGGGUAGAUUGCAAAAUUUUGGAUUGGACUAUCAUGUCUUUCAUCAUAUUUCCUUUUUAAAAAAAAAAAUCUUGAAGAGAAAAAUGAAAAGUAUGUCAUAAAGUGGGGUUUAUACUCACACAAGACACAAGCAUGAGGAAUUUCGAUGAGUCACAGAGCUCCUUUGGCUUCCAGGGGCUGGAACAGGAUGGGAGCAAUCCAGCUGUCCCUGUGACAGAACUUGUAUUCUCUGCAUCUGGAGCUUACUCUUUUUACCUGCACUCCUGCUCAGUCUUCAACAGGUAUUGAAAGCUGCAAAUCUACAAAGAUGGAUCCAAAACCAACAAAGAGUCUAUAUGUAUAAUGGCCUAAAUCUGACAUCAAAUCUUACUGAUGCCCAGUGGCCCAGAGUGUGUGAAAUGGUCAUUCCAGCCACUGGUGGAGCUACAAGGCUUCCAGGCAUUUGGAGGCCAGACUGCUAUUCCUAAGAAAUUGGUGUGUCUUCACAUCCUUGACUGUUCCAUCGAUACUUCUGAAACAAUCCGAGUUACAUUCUGUCCUUAUAGCUCCAGUAAAAUCCAUUUGAAUCACAAAAAUGAAACAACCAUGAUGGCAAUUUAUUUCAUUUUCAAGCUCUUUUUAAGGACAAGUGCAUAAUAAAAGGAAGUGUGUACAGUAAAUAGGGAGCUUGAAAAGGGAAGGGCAAAGAAGCAUUGCUUGCUUAAUAGUAUCAAUAAUCCCACAUGUAAUUUUGUGAAGCACUCGAGGUCACUCCAGCCCUGUGUGGGAAUGUGAAAUCCAGCAGUGCAGACUGGCCAGAACAGGGAUACCGGGCAGGCUGCCUGCAUGCCACCAAAAGAAGCUGCCCUCCUGUGUAUGACAGACCUGCACAGUGCAGGCAAAGGAAAAAAAUCACAAUUCAGACCUGGUUUUGUCUUUAAAUACAAGCAAAGAACAAAGUAAAAAUGUUUACCCUGCACAAAACGAUGUGUCUUACAGGAACUGUCUGCUGGAGCAAGUCAAGUGUGUGGUGGUGAGCAGCUGUCUGCUGAGUUCAUCAGGCAGCUUGAGUGCAUCACCAGGAAGACUCAGAAGUACUAUUGUGAAAUUUUAAUAAAAUAUAGCUAUUGCACCAUGAUAAUGAAUUUCAUUACUCUAAUUUCAGCUUCAUGGCAGAGCUGUCUUUUGGUACUGGGACUGGCUAGUCCCAUAUUGAUUAAAAAAAAAACCAAACAAAAAAACACAAGCAAAAAUCCUUGUCCCUCCUACUGUUCCAAUAAGAGUCCAAACAUCCGUAUGUAUUUUUUUAAACAGAAUAAUCACAGUGCUGGUCUUUCAGAAUCAAUGAACAAAGAUAUCAACUAUCCCACCUCACUCAGAGUUCACCAAACCAAUAUUUACAAGAAUGUAAAUAGCUGCACAGGUGUAAUUGCCCUUUUACCUUUAUGAUGCAUGUGAAUUAAGGAGCAUGUAUAUUGAUACUGUUGUUUAGAAUUUUCAUCAAAUUAAAACCUUUUAGAGUAUUUUAAAAUUUGCAAGUGUGUUAAUUGCCUCUAAUGCAUUAGAGACACAAUGUGCUAGAAGGAAGCUAUACAAAAUAAAAUGUAUUGCCCUGAAACAUUGA